GACUGCACUAUUGGGAGAAUGUAACUUCCUCAUGUGCUGAUUGUUAACAUCCUAUGUACUCACUCCACCGGCACUUCUCAAGUGAACGAUAUGGAGGAAUCGUCUAUAUCAUAAAUAGAGGGGCCUUCAAAAAUUGGUCUAUACAUACUUUAAAAAUAACCUUUCGAUGGAAUAUAGGCUGCUUCAUUUUCCCGGAUAAUACUAAGAUUUAACAUCUGAUUUGAAGAAGUUCCAGAAUGGGUUGCAUUGAAUCCAAGGAGCAGAAGGCUAUCAACAAAGUGAUAGACGACGACUUCCUGAACAAGGCUCAGGCACCCCACUAUGUCAAAGAUCCCACAUCCGGGAACAAGGCAAACAGAACCAGCUCCUCCAACCUCCCAGUCUGCACUGACGGUCCAGAAAACAUUGUGAUUGCGCUGUAUGACUAUGAGGCCAUGCAUGAAGGAGACUUGGGCUUCAAAAAGGGGGACAGACUGAAAGUCCUUCAAGAGUCAGGGGAGUGGUGGAAUGCAGUGUCUAUCAGUACAGGAAAUGAGGGCUACAUCCCCAGUAACUAUGUAGCUAAAGACAGUUUGGAGACAGAGGAGUGGUUCUUCAAAGGUAUCAGCAGGAAAGAUGCAGAGAGACAGUUGCUGGCCUCAGGAAAUUGCGUUGGGUCCUUUAUGAUCCGAGACAGUGAAACCCCCAAAGGCAGUUACUCCUUGUCGGUGAGAGACAGAGAUGCUAAAUUUGGUGACAGGGUCAAGCAUUACAAGAUUCGUACUCUGGACGAUGGAGGCUUCUACAUUUCUCCCAGGAUCACCUUUAGCACUCUGCAGGACCUGGUCAGCCACUACAAGAAACAGUCUGAUGGGCUGUGCCAAGCUCUGACGGUCCCAUGCCUCAGUCCCAAACCGCAGAAGCCCUGGGAGAAGGAUGCGUGGGAGAUCCCUCGGGAAUCUCUGAGGCUGGAAAGACGUCUGGGUGCAGGACAGUUUGGGGAGGUCUGGAUGGCCACAUAUAACAACCACACAAAGGUGGCAGUGAAGACAAUGAAGCCAAACAGUAUGUCAGUGGAAGCUUUCUUAGCUGAGGCCAACCUGAUGAAGACAUUACAGCACGACAAGCUGGUGCGGCUUAAUGCCGUGGUUACCAAGGAGGAGCCCAUCUACAUUAUCACAGAAUUUAUGGAGAAAGGCAGUUUACUGGAUUUCCUGAGGAGUAAUGAGGGAAGCCGUAUCCAGCUCCCAAAACUCAUAGACUUCUCCGCACAGAUUGCAGAGGGAAUGGCAUACAUUGAGCAAAGGAACUACAUCCACAGAGACCUGCGAGCUGCCAACAUCCUCGUCUCUGAGACCUUGGCGUGCAAGAUCGCUGACUUUGGCCUGGCCCGCAUCAUCGAGGACAAUGAAUAUAGUGCCCGGGAAGGAGCCAAAUUCCCCAUCAAGUGGACUGCACCAGAGGCCAUCCACUACGGCUCCUUCACCAUCAAGUCUGAUGUGUGGUCCUUUGGCAUCCUUCUAACAGAGAUCAUCAGCUAUGGACGAACCCCAUACCCAGGAAUGCCACACUCGGAGUUGAUUCGAUCCCUGGAGAGGGGCUACCGCAUGCAGCGCAUGGACAACUGUCCGCAGGAGCUUUAUGAUAUUAUGCUGAUGUGCUGGAAAAGCAGACCAGAGGACCGGCCCACUUUCGAGUACCUACAAAGUGUGCUGGAAGACUUCUACACAGCCACAGAGACUCAAUACCAACAACAACCAUGACAUCAUGAUAUGCACACAUGUACGCCCUCUCUCUCUCACACACGCACACACAUACACGCACAUAUGCACACACACACACACAAACACACACACACACACACACAGUCAAUUUCAUAACUGGUAAAGAUACACAGGCACAGGAAAAAUUAUACUUUAGUUGUAAUGAAAGUCCCUGGGUCUUACCACUUAUCUUUACUAUUCAUAUUGAAUGAACACGGAAAUGUGUUGGUGGGGUAACACAUACAGUCUUACAGAUACUUAUAAUGAAAGAUACACAGCACACACAGAUAAAGGCGCGCGCACACACACACACACAUGCAUGCACACAUACACACACACUGGUUAAAUGCUGAAUUUAAAAGGGUUGUGGUAAAUUAACAUAUUAUUGUGCAUCUUCUAAGAUACUGCAUUUGAAAAUCAACUGUUUAAAUUUUGUGUUUAAAUCUCAUUUUCAUAUCGUAGACAAUUUUUUUUUGUAAUUAUCAUUUGAAGUACUGGAAUGCUUUUCUUUGCUUGAGAAACAUCUAUUUUCUCUUUAAAACAAGACCAAAAACAUGAAAUUGAAAUAUAAAAUCAGGAUGAGCAUCUUUGCCACAAUACAUCAGACCUAAACAGACAUCCCACCUUUGAAUAUCAAAACAACCGUUGUCCCCGCCCACAGAGAUAGAAACACGCACCCAAUCCCCCCUGCUUCCCCACACAGCUCACCAUAUCAUAUGGGAAUAUGGAGGGAAUGCACUUAUCAUAUGUAUCUUAAUCACUAUUGUUGGAGCGAAACGUAUCAUCACCUGUGAGACUUGGGACUUGGUGGGAUUAUCUUGUUGUCUUCAACAGCAUUAAUCAUUAUUUAGUGGUAUUUGUACAGUAAAACUAAUGUAGUGUAUGCAUUUACUCAGGUAUAUUUUAAUGGGAUACAACAUUGCUGUGCUGUCUACUGUCAGGAAGGUCCUAUCAGAAAGGUCCUAUUGUAAAACAAACAGUUAAAUUUAAGAUAAAAUCUCUCUCUCUCUCUCUCUCUCUCUCUCUCUCUCUCUCUCUAACUCUCUCUCUCUCACACACACACACACAUGCACACCCUAAUCCCUGUUUGCCUUAUAAGGCAUUGUCUCUGUUCUAGAAGAAAUUCUUAGAAGCACCACCCAGGUUAGCCAACAGUUAAGAAUGCACUCUCAGAUUGCACCUGUAGGUACCAUGCCCUACGAAAGACACAAACUACAAAGCCCAUAUGUCCACCUCAGUGACUCACUUAACCACGCCCCCUACUAAAGCUCUACUGUAAUCACUUGGAACGUCUUGUAUGGGUGGAAGGCAACCUACGGUACUUAUUUUCAAGAACAGUCAUCUAUAACCAAUCAAAGAAUACUCUCAAUUGCAUUAGUUGUGGACAAGCCCUCUAGAUCCACUGAUUGAACAAUAUCCAGAUUUAAUGACAUUCAGCAAUCUUGUAGGGUAAUUUGGUUGCGACAUUACUAUCUCUUUGCAGUCCACCUGAUAUAUACCAUUGGAGGGAAUUCACAUAUUUUAACUCAUGCUGUGCGGUUACACUCUUUUGUAAUAAAAUGAUGUGUUACAGGAUAUGCAGGUAAUGUAAUUAAUGACCCACUGACAUUUCAAUGACUUAAGUUACUUGAUUUAGUUCACUAUAGAGAUUUGUUGACUCA